CAGUACCGCACAGUACUGUGAAUAGUUUGAGUGUCGGAAACAACACAUUUUAAAGUGUAAAUUAAACAUUUAAUAAUAUUUUAAGUGUAUGUUAAUUGUUAGCAGGGUUUUAUAACAACUAUGGAUAAGCCUGAAGUGCGGAUUAGAUUUAUGCAAAACAUGGACCAAUUUCUAUCACGGGUCACGUUGAGUCCAUUGUUUAUGACACUAUUGGAAAACCAUACCUGUGCUCAUAACUUAAUUAAGACGUUUCAAGGGAUUACCGAUAUAGCCGCGAAAAAGGUGUUCAUAUUUACUGAAUUCAACCGGGAUCGUAAUGCGUGCAAUGAACUUGUUGACUUUCUCAAAAGGUCGGGCCAAUACCACGCCGCCCGUGAACUGGAGCUCUACAAUCAGUGGACUGAACCCCUCGUAUACUCACAGGAUGGGAUUACCGAUAUAACCGGGAAAAAGGUGUUCAUAUUUACUGAAUUUAACCGGGAUCGUAAUGCGUGCAAAGAGCUGGUUGACUUUCUGAGAAGGUCCGACCAACCUGACGCCGCCCGGGAGCUGGAGCUCUACAAUCAGUCGACUGCACCUCUCGUAUACUCACAGGAUGUUAGGCUAACCGUUAAGAAGGCCCACACCUUCCGGUCGGGCGAAACCCGAUGGUUCGUUAUGGACGGCGCCCCCAGAGGUCGGGUGUUAUUGUUUUUGCAGGUGCCUGAAUUGCAAAAUGAGGCAGAUCGUUUUGAUGACCUCUUCCAAAAGCUAUACUUCUCGGUCGAUGUCUAUAAAAAUUAUUCGUGCGAUGAGAUUGUGGACACUCUUAAGACUGCCUCCAAAGGGGAGUUCAAAAAGGAUGCGCUGAUUGUGAUGUUCAUAGGCCAUGGCCGCGAUCAGAUGGUCCAGGGUAAUGGUCCCAGCGAUGAAAUACACAUCAAAAAGCUGGUCGACCUGUUUUCUGAGAAUAAAUGCCAUGUGACUCUUAAACCGAAGCCCAAAAUCUUUGUGUUUAAUUGUUGUAGAUAUUACACGGGUGUCAAUCCGCAGGAACCAGUGGUGGAUAGGGAGUGGAUGGACGGCACCACUCGCACCUUCAUAUGCUAUGCCUGUGCCGAUGGUACUGAGGCCUUUUAUACCGGCAAUGGAUAUACAUUAUAUGGACAGGCAUUCAGUCACUGUAUCGCUGAAUACGCGCACGACUUGAGUUUGACACAAAUAUUUAACAAGACGUGCGAUGAGAUGAACAGGGCAAUUAUCCAACAGCGCCCGGAGCUGAUUAUGAAAAACGUGGACAGGGAGAUGUAUUUUAACCCCGGUCUCUAUAAAGACAAAUAA